GCCAAAACUCCCGGGGAGGCCUUAUAUUUACCACGCCCUUCUCUCUCUCUCUCUCCCUAUAACUCUAUCUGGUGUUUCUAUGUAUAUUUCAUCAGAACAGCUCCUUGGUUCCUCCUCCUCCUCCUCCUCCUCCUCCUCUUCCUCUGCUUAAAGAGGUCCCAUUUACCUCUGAAGAGAGAGAGAGAGAGAGAGAGAGAGAGAGUCUGAUUCUUGCAACUGAGUACUGUCAUUGGUUUGAUUUUUUGAUCAAAAGAAGUGGGAAAAAUGGCAGCACGAAUUCUGGGGCUUGUUUUGCUGGUGGGUUUCUCUGUUUUUUGCAGUGGGCAGAGUGAGAAGAGUGUGACUUAUGAUGGGAGGUCAUUGAUCGUCAAUGGUGCCAGGGAACUUCUCUUCUCUGGUUCUAUUCACUAUCCCCGUAGCCCGCCCGAGAUGUGGCCGGAUCUUAUAAAAAAGGCUAAAGAAGGAGGCUUGAAUGUGAUCCAGACUUACAUAUUUUGGAACCUCCAUGAGCCUAUUGAAGGCCAGUUCAACGUCGAGGGCAGUUAUGACUUCGUGAAAUUCAUCAAAUUGAUUGGUGAAAACGGUAUGUAUGUAACUCUUAGGGUGGGACCCUUCAUUGAGGCUGAAUGGAAUCAUGGAGGAUUUCCAUACUGGCUAAGAGAGAAACCGGGCAUUAUAUUCCGCGCCGAUAACGAACCAUUCAAGUAUUACAUGGAAAAAUAUACCAAGAAGAUCAUUAGCAUUGUGAAAAAGGAGAAGUUGUUUGCUCCUCAAGGAGGACCGAUCAUUAUGUCACAGAUUGAAAAUGAGUACAACACAGUUCAGUUGGCAUAUAAGGAAUCAGGAACUAGGUACAUUCAGUGGGCAGCAAAUUUGGCUAUCGGUCUUGACACCGGGGUCCCAUGGGUCAUGUGCAAGCAAAGGGAUGCACCUGGUCCAGUUAUCAACACAUGCAAUGGGAGGCACUGUGGAGAAACUUUCACUGGACCAAACCAUGCCAAUAAGCCUUCUCUGUGGACAGAGAACUGGACUGCACAGUACCGAGUCUUUGGAGAUCCACCAUCUCAAAGAGCAGCGGAAGAUAUUGCAUACGCAGUUAGUCGGUUCUUCUCUAAAAAUGGAAGUCUCACCAAUUACUACAUGUACCAUGGUGGCACAAAUUUUGGCAGAACUAGUUCAUCAUUCGUGACUACUCGAUACUACGAUGAAGCUCCUCUCGACGAAUUUGGUUUGCCAAGGGAACCAAAAUAUGGUCACCUUGCAGACUUGCAUAGGGCUCUAAGAUUGUGCAAGAAGGCUUUGCUUUGGGGAGUUCCUAGUGUGCAAAGUAUCAGUGAUGAUCUAGAGAUUCGAACUUAUGAGAAGCCUGGAACCAAUACUUGUGCUGCUUUCUUGAACAACAACAGUACCAAGAAGGCUGCAACUAUUAAAUUCAAGGGCCAGGAUUAUUACCUUCCUCCUAAAUCCAUCAGUAUCCUCCCUGAUUGCAAGACUGUUGUUUACAACUCUGCUUCAAUUGUUGCACAACAUAAUGCAAGAAACUUCAAGCCGUCAAAGAAAGCAAGCAAUCUUAAGUGGGAAAUGUCACAAGAAAGUAUUCCGGAAAUGCAGCAACUAGAAACCACAAGCAAGGAACCAAUGGAGCUCUAUAACCUGACUAAAGAUACCUCAGACUAUGCUUGGUACAGCACCAGCAUAGAUUUCGACAAGGUUGACUUACCAAUGCGUCAUGAUAUUCUCCCAGUCCUUGUGGUUGCUAGUCUUGGUCAUGCAAUGGUUGCGUUUGUAAAUGGCGAAUAUAUUGGAUUUGGACACGGAAGCAACGUAGAGAAGAGCUUUGUCUUCAAAAAGGCCGUAAAUUUUAAGGAAGGAACUAAUCACAUAACCCUUUUGGCCAUGACUGUGGGAUUACCGGAUAGUGGAGCCUACAUGGAGAAGAGGUAUGCCGGGGUUCGUGCUGUUACGAUCCAAGGGUUGAAUGCCGGAACCCUUGAUCUGACUUCAAACAAAUGGGGACAUGAGGUUGGAGUAAAGGGAGAAAAGCUCCAGUUGUACACAGAGGAAGGGUUGGGGAAAGUACAAUGGAGUGAAGCCAAAGGAGCAGGACCACCUCUUACAUGGUACAAGACAUACUUUGAUGUCCCAGAAGGCGAUAGUCCGGUGGCACUCCUUUUGACCACUAUGGGGAAAGGAAUGGCUUGGGUGAAUGGCAGAAGCAUCGGUCGUUACUGGGUGAAUUACCUCUCUCCUUUGGGCCAGCCUUCCCAGUCCGAGUACCAUAUCCCAAGAGCCUAUUUGAAAAAUGGAAAGAAUCUCCUUGUAGUCUUUGAGGAAACAGGAGGAAACCCGUCAGGAAUCAAAGUCUUAACUGUCAACAGAGACACUAUCUGCAGUAUCGUAACCGAAAACUAUCCGCCAAAUGUCGAUUCAUGGAAGCUAUCAGGAGAUCAGCUGAAGGCCGUGGUGGAUGACCCGAAAACAGAAUCCCAGCUGACUUGCCCCGACGGGAAAGUGAUCAAGUCUGUGGCGUUCACAAGCUUUGGCGAUCCCUCUGGCAUGUGCGGGAACUUUGCCGAAGGGAAAUGCAAUUCUCCGAACAGCAAGAAAGUUGUUGAGCAGUAUUGCUUGGGAAAGAACAGCUGCAAAAUUCCGCUGAACGAAUUCAACAGUGAAAAAUGCUCUGAACCGUUGAAGACUUUGGCUGUUCAAGUAAGGUGCGGUCGCGGCAAGUCUGCUUCGGCUUAGAGAAGACCUGAUGGAUUGGCUGCCAUUCGCGAUCGACGGUUUGGAACUGAAAGAUGGUUGUUGAUACAUUCCUGAGAGCUUCAAAAAAUUUGGUUUUGGUAUUUGUUCAUGGUAAUUUUUGGGUUGGAGAAUGCUAAUUUUUCCUCGUAGCUUCUCCAGUCUUUUUUUUUUUUUUUUUUAUAAAUUGUCGAACUCUCUUUUCGCGAACAAGAAUGAAAAUAAAAGGCGAAAAGAGAGCGGAAUUUCUUUCCUUGUGCAUAUUUUUACCAAAUUUUUUUGUUGAAUUGUUCACUAUUUAACCAAUAUUACAAGUACUCUUCUUAUCUAUCA